CCGCGUCGUUCGCCCCGUCUGUCUGCUUGGGGCAGGCCGACGCGGUCGUUUGCAGACGGCCUUCGGACGGCGAAGGUCCCAGUCGUGUCGUUGUGCGUCGCUUGCGAAGCCGCCCGCCACCUCCGAAAGUCGGUGUGGCAGUUAGCUACACGCACGCCAACUUUAUACUCACACGGUCUUCCUGACUCUCCCAAGCGCUGCUUUCCUUACGACAACAUUUUACGCUGGUGCGCGUGGAAUACGUCGCGUGGCGGUUCUUUUAAGUUGUGUGUGUCGUGCUGUUUGUUACCUUGACCAAGUGUUGUAAGCGCGAGUUUGCCUGCCGACGUUCCCUCCCGUGUCGCGUAGCGUGAGCGAACGGUCUCGGCUCGCCUUGCAUUUCAUCCAUCCCUCCCCCUUUGGAUUUCGCUGCCGCGCCGCUGAACUUUCCUGCAAAGAGUGUGUGUCCGAGCCGAUCUUCGGUUGUGCAAGUUGGCCCGUAAAUAUCUCUUCACCUGAUAGUCAAGGACCACUGGAGUCAACGAGCUUCUACUGGGAAAGAAGAGGAACGCGGCAUCGCAAGAGUCAAGCGCCUCCAAGGAUGACGGCACGAAAGAGGAGUGGCCAUCGUCUUCGCUCCAACAGCUAGGCUUGCCUGGACAGCCACUUGUUCCAGAGCCGUUGAUUCUCGGGCUCGUCCACUGAAGCAAGCUUUCGGACACUCCAGAAUCGGCAAGCGGCUACACAACCCUGCUGAUUUUCGAGACGACGCUUACGACUAAAGAUGAAGCCAAGAUGACCUUGGAGGCGAGUGGGGCCUCCAUUGCUGGCGAGAAAGUACUGUUUCGGCGGUAGCGGACAAGGUGUCUCCACUUCUCCGGCCAUGCCAGGGUGCCUGGGUGCCGUGCAGUCGCGGCUACGGUUGCUGCCUCUGCUAUUCCUGGCCUCUUGGACGUGGACGGCAGCGCGCGCCAUGUGUCCGUCGCGAUGCAUCUGCGACGACGAGAAUCUCCGAGUGGUGUGUGACUCGGCUUAUCUGGACGUGGUGCCCAUCACGCUCAACCCGAACUUGCGAGAGCUGAGCCUCGUGAACAACCACAUCAAGAGUGGCGUGUCUUCAUUCAGCGUCUACGGAAACCUGCGCUAUCUGGACGUUUCGCACAACCAGCUGGUGUCGCUGGGCAAAGAGAACUUCCGCUCGCACAAGCAUCUCGUCGUACUUGUCCUGGCGAGGAACAUGAUCUCGCAGCUCGACAACACGACAUUCGUGGGACUCGACGAGCUGCAGACGCUGCUGCUGAACGAAAACUACAUUGACAGCAUUCCGGCCGGGGUGUUCACGCCGCUUAAGAAGCUGGAGAAGCUGGACCUGUCGCAGAAUCGUCUGGUCAGGGUCACCGAACAGGCGUUCCAGGGGCUGACCAAGUUGAAAACCCUGUUGCUGCGGGACAACAAGUUUGUGACGAUACCGAGCCAGGCGUUCGCGCCGUUGUCGUUUCUGUUAAACCUGGAUCUCGGUCUCAACAUGUUCUCCAACAUUCCGGAGGAAGCCUUCGUAGCGUUGAAGCAGCUCGAGGAACUGUCGUUAGACGGCUGCGGCGUGAAGACGGUGCAGAACGGAGCGUUUCGGCAGCUUUCCGCAUUGCGCCAGUUGAAGCUGCACGAUAACGAGCUCGAAGAGGUGCCCACGGCGACAUUCCAGGACAUCACGCGGCUGGAAGUCCUCAACCUGGGACAGAACAAGUUCCCGAGACUUCGACCGUCGGCAUUCCAGUACCUCAAGUACUUGAGAACACUGGAAGUGAGCGGCUCGGCCGCGCUUCGGUGCAUCGACCGAGGCGCCUUCGCCGAGAACACAGACCUCGAGAGCAUCCGGAUGACGCACAACAUCAACUUCCGAUGCAUAGAGCCUGGAGCGUUCGACGGCCUCGCUGGUCUGAAGCACUUGAUUCUGCGGGGCAACGGCUUCUCGACUUUUGAUGAGUCGCUUCUCGAGUGGUACGAGCUGCAGGAGCUCGACCUGAGGGACAAUCCUCUGGUCUGCAACUGCACUGUCUUGUGGCUGUGGCACAUGUGCAGUGCCCGCAACGCGACAAAUUCACCGCUCACUCCGGAGACGUCGCUGGUCCGCUGUGGCGGUGGGCCACCAGCGCUCAAGGACAAAUUACUGAGGGACAUUGGUUCUGCGGACUUGGGCUGCUACGACGCGGUGCUUCGGCGGCAGAUCAUCAUCGGAGUCGUGGCUGCGGCUGCGAUAUUGUUCGCCCUCAUCGUGGCCCUCGGUUUCCGGUUCCGGGAGCGUGUCGCCGGCGUCCUCAAGAACAAGUGGGGAAGCGGAACCAAAGAGCCGCAGUACCACAAGACACACGGCGAAGACGACAACAGCAUGUGUCAAGUGGCUCACCAGCCCUUGAAGUUGAUACCUGUGACAGAACUGUGAUAAACGCCUUGGCGCUGUGGUGCAUUGCGUAUGGAAAGUGCCCUGCGCGGAUUCCUGAAGCCCAGGAUAUGUUUUACUGAAGAAAAAAAAAAAAAAAGGCUGAGAGUGGUCAGUUCUGGCUCUUAUUGGCCGACAUGACCAUGUUAUCUCGCCGACUUAAUGCUGACUUCUGGCUACGAGGAAUUCUGCUCUAUCCAACGCAAAAAGGGUUUUAUUUGACAGCUGACAAUUGGCUUCUACGGCCUCGCCGGUGUUUUUUUGUUUCAUUUUGUUGGUUUGUUAGCACAUCGCCUAGGCUUCUCGUCUCCUCGCUCCUGUCCGAGGGCAAAUGUCUCUCCGAGCACUUCUCCUAUUGAAGGGCAAGAAUUACUGCCACAGCGUCGUCUUACAUAAACAGCGCCGAGAACACACGACAAAACCGUUUUAGGAGCCAAUCCGGAGGGGAAAGAUAGAUGACUGUUCGAAGAAGUGGACGCAGCGUGUGUGACUUUCCAAGCAGAACGAUCGCCCCCCUCGCGAGUGCAAAGUGUUCGUCAAAAGUCUUGAUUGAGCCGAACUGUGUUUUGCCGCAGAGCUUGAGAUGUCGCGGUGGGGCCGUACGACAUUUGCCAGCGCGCGCAUUGUGCUGGAAGUGACUUUUUGGAACCCACGUUUCCUUUUGCCCGUUUACCCCUAGUAAGAUCACAAAGUGUAGCGUCUCAUAUCCUUUCCACAGGAAGAACGCCCACAAUACUGUUGCGGUAUGUGUGGACGUUCCUACGAAGACACAAGCGAGUCGCCGAGCAGCUAACGGUGUAGAAGAGCCAUAGCUUUUUAAUAUCUCGUGGUUGAAGCGCACUCUGGUGUCCCUCCUUUGUACAUAGCGUGGAGCCCAAGUAUGUGUGGCUGCUCGUUCAUUCCGUUCCUUUGUGUAUCGGUGAUGAUGAUGAUUUCCCUCUCUCUUCUUCUCUCUCAAUUCCUGCUUUUCCUGAGCGAUCAUCCUUCGCUUUUGAGCAGUGGCCUGGUUCCUUCUGUACAGAUGUAUACUUGUGUUUGUGCUCGACGACCUUUUUCGGGAAGUGUUCCUUCGUGUUGUACUAUCCGCCUACGAUUCAGAUCAUGCAGACAAAGACCGUUUUCGGGGUGCCCGGAUGUGAAAAAGCAUGCACAGGGACAACUUCCGCAUGGAAUGUCAUUUUUUAUGUCACUACAGAGGCCCCUCCCGGCAUGAUUGGGAAGCACUAACAGGCUGUAUCGCUCGAUCUAAAUAUGCCUGAUCAUUCUAGCGCAGAGAAAAAAACCUAAGUACACCAGGAUUACAUCACUAUACAGGGGAAAACUGCACAGAAAGAAAUUAUAGUGGAGAAGACGCGCCUCGACGGCUCAUCUUUGGGACAAACCGUAAAGGGCGGCGCUUUUCUCGCUUUUGUGUGAAAAACACACACAAAAAAGAAAAAGUCUCGUCCGUUGAAGUCAGUGCUCCGGUAGCGUCACCGGAAUGGCCUAUGUCUGCGAAUGAGAGAGAGAGAAAAAAAAAUAACGUUUUGGCAUAUGAAACGUUGAUUUCUCUCACACUUAAUUAAUAACCCCUUAAGUAAAAGCUCUGAGACGCUUGACUGUAACAAAUUAACAAUUGGUUUAGAAAUCCUGUUGACUCGAUGCACGACGUUGCAAAAAAAAAAAAAAAAAGCCAAUGUCGCUGGUAAAGACCUUGGCGGAGGUAGUGCGGAAAAUGCUUCUUUCUUUUCUUGUAUCGGUUCUGUCUUUCCCGAGCUAACGUGCUCUCUUCUUGAAGUGAAAAGGAAAUCUAGUAUACAUAGGGUUGUGGUGAACCGCCACAAUGUGGACGGCUGUGAAUAGUUCGACGACUGUAAAGUAUAGGUAAACCGCCGUGUUUAGUUUUCUUUUUUUUUUUGUAAUUUAUUUUUGAGAGUUUUUAGCCGGUUGGAGGAGCUUUACGGUUCCGUUGCUCCCACGAUGGUACACAGGGCAUUCCGUUUCUGUUUUUGUGUAGUACGCGCACAGCGUUUGUAAAAAAGAAAAGAAACAAACAAGCAAAAAGAAAGCUCUCUCCUUCUCACGUCCCAGUUUGAAAGUUGACCUGAACUUUGUUCGCUUAGCCUAAAGAAAGACUUAACGACUUCAGUGACGCCGCAUAAACUGUUCCGCCAACGUGGAUGCCAGAAGCUGAUAUUAAGGAAGAUAGCGAAGGUGGUGAUUAUUCCGGCAUAAUACUCCCCGGACGAGAGAUUCUACUUGGCAAGAUUUCUUCUUUCUUUAUGUACAUAACGCCCUAAUGUACAGCGAGGACAAAGCCUUUAAAAGUUUGGUCUUCUAACGCAUGAAACAUUCAUGGAAUUGCUCAAAGCAGCGCGUCUCUUAUUUCUCUUUCUUUUAACCCAGAUUUUAUGCUUGAUGAGGUCAUGGACGACGCUUCGGCCUUUUAUGUUAUUUUCCCGGCUCGUUGCGAAAAGAGCUCGCCGCGAAAAUUAAAGUGUCUGGCAGGCGCCGGCGGAUAGCGAAGCCCGGUCAACGGCUUACGUGAGAAAACAAACUCAAGACUCCGCGUGAAAAGCUUGAUUUAUGCGACCUAAUGACCAGUUGCGUGUUUUGCCUUGAAGCCGCCAUUGCCUAAUGGAGUAGCUGAGUGCAAAGUGAGGUAAGCGAAUGACCACCAUUCUUUUUUUUCCGUGCCUCCUGCUCGUUUCUCUUUCCGCAAUCUUUUGUGCAAGAAUGGUCCUCUGUGAAGUAAACGAAAAAAAGAAUUGAGGCAGCUCAGGUGUUGUUUUUGGAAUAUUUAUCCUACUCUUGCCAAGGACGUUGUGCUCUCUCUUACGCGCGAAUAGUUGAAGCCUGCUUAUGUAUUUGUGUUUCUUUUUUUUAUCAUUAGGAAGCUGCUCGUUUUGUGGCGUUUGAUGGCGCAAGAAGAAAGCAGGCCGGUGUUGUAUGCUUUUGGCGCCGUUGGCUAGUCUGUGACAUUUCGCGUUUAGUGAUGAUCACACAUGUCAGAGAGAACGCAGUGAUUCGCUCAUAGGUGAAUAAACGCACGUACUUGCCUCCAGUCAAUUACUAUUUACGUAAACUUGGCGAAUGCUUCGCAUAGAGAACGUCUACGCACGCCGCCUUGCCGAGCAACCUGGAUAUGGGAUCCAAGCUGUGGUAUACCGUUGUUGAGAUGUGUUCACCGCUUCCGUUCGUAUUUAUUUUCUCAGAAAAGACAGUGUCUGCUCUGUAUGCAUAACGACCAGCGUGCAAGAUAAAAAUAUCAUGGUGGUACUGUUUGAUGCAUGCGAAAAAAAAAAAAAGGAAAGGCCAUCAGCUAAGGCAGCGCGAAAAUCUUGAAGUAUAGAAAUGGAACUGUAAGGCAUCUGCGGAGGUCUACAGCACUGCGUUGUUUUCUCAAUAAUACGGUAACAGUAAGAAAACGCGAACGUUCUACAUGGUGUGACACAAAAUAUGCAGACAACUUUUUACAGCUCCCAAUUAAAAUAUAAAGAGAAGGAAAAACAUCAAUUUUCGGUUUUUAAGUGCCAAAACCACGAUCUCAUUAUGAUACACGUCGCAGCUGGUCACUCUGGAUUAAUUUAGACCGCCCGGGCUUCCUUAGCGUGCACCUAAAUUUAAGCACAGGAGCGUUUCUUUUUUUUUUUUUUUUUACGUUUCGACCACGUGAAGGGGGUCGUGAACCACGUGAAGGGUAUAUAUAUAUAUAUAUAUAUAUAUAUAUAUAUAUAAGCCAAUUUGCGCGAACAAGAGCCAUCUGCCACAAAAAAAAAAAGAAAGCUGGAAGACUGAAUCAUGUUUGUGGAAACCGGCGUUAUAAAGCCGAAAAAAAAGAGAGAACAAGAAAGACAAAUCCAGAAUUACUCUUAAGCUGGCGUGCGAUCUGGUUUCGAAUGCUACCAUGUCAGAGACAAGCACGCGCUCUGAAAAAACUCGCCUUGUACAGUGGUACCACCAGUAUUCAUUCAACUUGCAGAUAUGUUUGACUGACACCUAGCACUUAAAUCUCGUGGUGGCUGAAUGGCUAUGGCGUUCUUUUAGGGAGCACGACGUCGCUGGUUUGAAUCCCGGUCGUGGUGGCCUCAUUACGAUGGGGGCGGAAUGCAAAAAAAAAAAAAAAAGUGCUCGUGCGCGGUAUUUUGGUUUCAUAUUAAAGAAACGCCAGAUGUCGAAGUUUAUUCCGAAGCACCCCACUUUGGCGUUUCUUAUUGCUUGAGUUAAUAACAUAAUCUAGGGCAAGGGCAAAACCACGAAGUCACACACUGAGCACGUCACAGGCACAUGAUCUGUGUUGUCUCUUUGUGGUUGUGUCCUUGUGCUACAUCAUGUCAUUAAGUAAGCACCAACCAGCCCAGCCACGUUUCCUUCUGCAGUUUAUUGCUCCAUGCAGGGUUGCUUUGAGGCGUUAACUCUCAUAAUUGACUUUUCUUUUUUCUUUCGGGCGCUCAGGCCUCUUUACAGUCACUGUUGCUUAUGUCAGUAUUAGUCGCAGGUUCUCUUGUGAUAGCUUUUUUUUUUAAUUUUAUUUAUUUAUUUUUAUUGGCAACCUACGCAGGGCGCAGGCUGGUAGCUUUCCAGAAACGAUACUUCGAUUAUAAACGUAAGCCUACUCACCACUUCUCGAAAUAAUUUGGUGGAAAAACACUUUUUCGCCUCUUUCUCCGCUUGUAUAGAUUAUGCUUCGAAUGCCCGGAACGAUAUGCAUCCGCAUAUCCCAACGUGGUACUGAUUCAACAUGAUCUCCUGUCUGAAGGGUGAAAUGCUCAUACGCAUCACGCAUCCCGAGGUAAAAAAAGAAAAUGAACGCUUUCAUUUGUGAUUUGGACGCCGAACAUACUUCCGUUUUAUUUAUAUGAGUUAGAGGGCAUCCCCUUUGUCUUAUCGCGGAACACGUGACUGUUCCAAGAUGACACGGGAUGACGAAUUUCUAAGAACAACAUUUUUCUCUCUUUUUUUUAAAGGCCGUUUGCAAGCAGCUGGUUAUUUGUCAACUGUGAUACUGGGUUUUAUUUGAUGCAAAUAAAGGUAUGGUAAUGAUUUAAAGAGCGCAAGAAGCGACCCCUUUAAUAAAACGAAAUGUGUACAACUGCCACCUGAGUUCGAAUUGUAAUCCGACGGGCAAGUGUCUGAUGAUGCUGAUGUUUCCGAAUUCAUCUAGCAGAUUUCUACGUCCCUGGCGCCUUAUAAAAAAAAUAAAGAAAGAAAAGUGGUUAGAAACACCGACCGCAUAGGUCUGUCACGAAACAAGCUUCAUGUGGCAGCUGCCUUUAUACUACGGCGUUCUUUACUGAUGUUCAGGUGACUUGUUUGGCUGCGUAGUCAGCCCGUCGUGGUGUACUUUAAUUAUCUUUGAGUGCUGUCUUAAUUGUCGCUUCUUUUUUUUUGUGACAGUGAUUCGUUUAUAAUGAGCAUGGAGUACUUCAGUUUUCGUACAAGAAUCGUACGUUGUGUAUAAGCUCUCGAGAUGGAGAGAAUGCUGUUGCAUGGCGUGCUUGUUUUCGUUCCAAAUUCAAUGAACUUGUCGCGUUGCCAAUACGAGAAAACAUCUGUUUUUGUUAUUGUUUGCUUGUUAUAAACAACGCAUGGGAUUAAAAGA